UUUAUAUAUUCGAAUUGAAGUUGGUUGCAAUUCUCCUUUUUAAUUCGUUGUUGGGUAGGAAAGACUUAAACAGCAAAAAUGGGUAAGGGAAAUAACAUGAUUCCAAAUGCUCACUUUCACAAGUGGUGGCAACGGAAUGUAAAGACUUGGUUCAAUCAGCCUGCACGCAAAUAUCGCAGACGGCAAAACCGCAUCAAGAAGGCUAAAGCUGUGUUCCCACGUCCAGCACAAGCAUUGCGCCCUGUUGUACGUUGCCCAACCAUCCGCUAUCACACGAAAUUGCGCGCAGGACGCGGGUUUACACUUGAAGAACUUAAGGGUGCCGGUCUGACAUAUGGAUUUGCCAGAACUAUUGGUAUUGCUGUUGAUAAGAGACGUAAGAACAAGUCACUUGAAUCACGACAACGCAAUGUCCAGCGUUUAAAGGAAUAUAAGAGCAAAUUGAUUCUAUUCCCCAUUAAUGAGAAAAAGAUCCGCAAGGGCGAAUCCACCUUGGAAGAAUGCAAGCUGGCUACUCAACUUAAAGGAGAUGUUAUGCCCAUCAAAAAAGAACAGCCCGUUAUUGAGUUCCGUGAAAUCGCUAAGGAUGAACAGAAAUUCAAGGCUUUCGCCACUUUGCGCAAGGCUCGUUCUGAUGCUCGUUUGGUUGGUAUACGUGCCAAGCGUGCCAAGGAAAAUGCUGAUAAUCCCGAUGAUACUGGAAAGGAUGCGAAGAAAUCCAAAAAGUAAAUUUGUCUAAAUAAUUGAAAUAAAAUAAACAUUUUUACAGUUA